AUGGCAAAUUAUGUAAAAAUUGUGCGAGAAUUAGAAGUUGCAAAAAAUAUGUUUGAAGAGGCAACGGAGGAGUUGAAAAAGUGGGUAGAGGGGAAGUAUCAAGGAGAGAAGUUGAACGAGUUGGAAGAGGAGAGAAGAGAAGGGACAGGCUGGUGGUGA